UAUUUUUUUUUUUUUUUUUGUGAAAGGUUACAAUUUUGCCAAAUAGAUGAAUAAAAAAUAAAUGGAUAUAUAGGCGAUUAACAAUAACAUCGAAUUUUCUCCAGUGCCUAAAUUUUCGAAAUAUCCCAAUAAAGGAUUAAAAUCCAACGACCCCAGAAUCCUUCUAUCAGAUGAAAAAUCAGCCAAAUUGGGCUACUGAACUCACCAAUGUUUCUGUUUUUUUUUUUUUGAUAAAAGAGUUGUGUUUGUGAUCCUCUUCAUUUUUCUUUACCAAUUUUUAACUAUCCAAUUUUAUUUAACAAAAUGCCUUUCCAAAAGUACACUACCAUCGUCAUAUGGGAUUCAGCAAGCACCAACGUUUUGAUCGAGUUGUUUUCCGAUUACGUUGCAACGGAAGAUGCUUUUAAUGCCGGUGACGCUAUCAACGGUAGAAGGGACUUUGCAGCGAUGAAUAACAAGUGGAUUCGCCUCUGUGAUACGUUCAGAACCAGACGAGACGAUGCUAAUUCUACUGGUAGUGCACCUCUUCAACACUGGGAGUUUCACGAUCUGAUGGAACAGGCAACAUCGAGAAUGCAAUAA